AUUCGUACACAUAGUUGUGUUUUUAUUGACUUAUUUUUGAGUAUUUGCUGGAGUCGUCGACAUCAACAGUGGAUCAUGCCUACUGUGGUACUGAUGGACGCGUCCCUGUCUAUGACGAGGCCGGUGUCACAGGACAGCAGCGAAGAGUUUCAGAGAAAGAACCUGGCAGUCCACGGCCUCAAUAUGCUGUUUGAACAUAUGGCUUCCAACUAUCGUUUGGAGUUCACCGCACUUAUGGCCUUCUCGUCCCUCUGGGAGUUAUUGGUGCCUUUCACCAGGGAUUAUAACGCUUUACAGGAUGCCCUCAGCAGCUUGGAAGACUACGACAAGACUUGCGUGGAAUCAGCACUGAAUGGGGUCAGCAACGUGGUGCAGCAGGAGUGGGGCAGUGCUUGUCCUUGUCAGGUGGUGCUGGUGACUGACGGAUCUCUCGGCAUCGGCAAAGGUUCACUGCGCCAUUCCCUGCAAACACUGAGGCACCGUGGGGAAGACAAGAAGUUCCCUCUGCCCUUCCCUUUCCCUGCCAAAAUGUUCAUCAUGUGUGUUGCCAAUACAGAGGAGUUGCAAAUGACUGGUGCUUUGGACAAAUGGGAGGAGCUUCUAUGUCUCAGUGGAGGUGAUGGACAGGUCUUCACUGUGGAGGGACCACUGUGUAUGCAGGGUGUGCAGGCCAUGUUUGGGAAAUUGAUUGACAGGGCCUACUCUCCUUUCCAUGCUGUCCUACACUGUGGGAACUUGUCUUCAGAUGUUCAGGUGUUCCCACGACCUGAACCGGUGGUGGUGGAUGAGGAGGUGGAACCUUUACCUCAAACUGUCAGCACAGAUCUAGAAAUUGUGGGCUUUAUUGAAAUCGCUGACAUCUCCAGCCCCCCUGUCAUAUCUCGACACUUGGUCCUGCCUAUUGCUGUGAACAAAGAGGUAGAUGACAUUGGGACUGGGACCACAGAUGAACUGGAAGAGGAAGUGUCUGCCAGUCAAAUGGCAGGGAAGAGUCCAAAUUUCUGCGUCCUCUUACAUGGCAGCCUUAAAGUAGAGGGCAUGGUGGCGCUUGUCCAACUUGGGCCGCAGUGGUUUGGAAUGCUAUACUCCCAAGCAGACAGCAAGAAGAAGUCCAAUCUCAUGAUGUCUGUUUUUGAACCUGGUUCAGAGCCUCUACCUUGGCUUGGCAAGGUCUCCCAUUUGGGACCAAUCUCAGAGGCAGCGGAAAAUCCCUACGGAGAGGACGACAGUAAAAGUCCUUUUCCUGUGCAGCCGCCUGUCAAGCGAAGCUAUGCCCAGAACGUGACGGUGUGGAUUAAAGCCAGUGGACUACAGACUGAUGUGCAGAAGAUUCUGAGGAACGCAAGAAAAUUGCCUGAUAAAACUCAGACAUUCUAUAAGGAGCUGAACCGCCUCAGGAAGGCUGCCUUGGCAUUCGGAUUCUGGGACCUCCUAAAGGGUGUGGCUGAACUGCUGGAGAGAGAGUGCACUUUGCUUCCUGAUUCAGCACACCCAGAUGCUGCUUUCCAGCUCUCCCAUGCAGCCCAGCAGCUCAAACUGGCCAGCACUGGAGAUUCACAGUAUGCUGCUUUCGAUCACAACAUUGUACCCAUGCACACAGACUUCUCAAGCUGAUCCAUGAUCAAUGCACUCAAAUAUGGACACAAGUGCGGACCAGUGAAACCACAGCACCUGGUGUAGUGGUGUUUGAACACAUUGCAUGGAAAAACAUUUUAUGUGGAACAACUGUCAAACUAAGCUUAUCUUGCAAUGUAUGUUUUUAUACUUUGUUGGUAAACUCCCUCAAUUAAAAGAAAUAGUACAAAAUAGUUUAAAAAAAAAAACAACAAAACGAUUAUUAUUUCUUUUUCUGGUUGUCAUUUGUAAUGGGGGAGAACUACAUUGCAUUCAGCUACACAAGGGCAAAAUAUUACAGAAAUACUCUGCAAACUACAAUGAUAAUCACAAGUCUAUCAAAAUUACCUCAAAAUUGAGCACUUAUGGUUGGGUUCAUCAGAAUGCCAUCCACCCAUUUUCUGUACUGCUUAUCCUGAUGAGGGUUGUGGGCAUGCUGGAGCCUAUCCCAGCUGUCUUCGGGUGAGAGGCGGGGUACACCCUGGACUGGUUGCCAGCCAAUCACAGGGCACAUAUAGACAACCAUUCACACUCACAUUCAUACCUAUGGACAUACCUAUGGAGUCGCCAAUUAACCUAGCAUGUUUUUGGAUUGUGGGAGGAAAACCCAUGCACAGGGAGAACAUGCAAACUCCACAGAGCGGGUAAUCGAACCCAGGUCUCCUAGCUGUGUGGUCUAUGCGCUAACCACUCAGUGACCGUGCAGCCUUCAUGAGAAUGAAUGUAACUAAAGUUAGUGCAUUUAUCAGAGGUAGGGGUGAGACUGUACAAAGAAAUUUGAGCAAUUGGUCAGCAAUUUUUCCCUGAGGUCUUUUGGAAUGCUCAAUUCCCAAAUGAUGAAAUUCAAAAUAAAUGCAGAUGCUGUACAUCACUCAAACAAGCACUAAUUACAGAACCGUUUUUGUUCAACUACAGCUUAAAAGCAAAACUCAAAUGGAGAGAUUGUCUGGCAUUUAACUAUUAUUAACCAACAAAACAAGUUGAGUUUUUAAAAAGGUAGUACUCUGAGUAAUGUGUCAAUAAAACCAAUGCAAGGAGACACUUAAUAGUGCCCUGAAUAUGAGAACAUUUAAAAUAGGCAGUGAAGGUGCUGUGUCAAUAUGCCUUCCUCUUCUUGGUGCGGAAAUGCCUCCGCCUUUGCUUGUAGAGAUGACGAAAGUUGAUAAAAAGUCCUGAAGAAAGGGAUGAAUGUGAAUCAUUACAUUUUUUUUUAAUUUUCUUAUGUAUGGAGACUUACCUAAAAACAUCAGAAUGAGGUACAUGUACAGGACGUAGGAGAAGCUCAGAGAUGUGCCGAUGGCUUUUGGCAGAGGAAUGCUGAACAGGUUGGUCUCAUCAAAGAUGGGAAUGGACUGCAUCAGGGCAACAGCUAUGUGGGAGUGACAGUUGUGUGUGUGUUUUGUCUCGGCAUGUUAAAUAUUCAACUUUCAGACAUACCCUCAGCUAUGACACCUAGAGGGUAAAGCGGUAUCCAGAGUGAGUAUCGCAGCCAUGUGAGGAUUUUCCACUCUGUGUUGAAAGAUCUCAACAUGUAGAAUGGAUACCUGCAGCAAAACCAUAGCACUUGCAGUGAGUCAGCUCUGCAGGUCAUACAGUAAUAGUCUGGAACUAAUUAAUUGGAUUUAGAUUAGAUCCCAUUGUUACUAAGGCUGUCAAAAAUAGUGUGUUAACGGCGGUAAGUAAUAUUUAAUGAAUUACGUAAAAAUGUCUAGCAUAAUUAAUGCCUAUGCAUCUUGGAAAGCCAUGCCUCUCAGUUAUGGUGACAGACGCCGUCACUGCCGUGUGGUGUCUUGAAAAACACCUCAUUGCUCAUAAUAACACGAUUAAAGUGUAAUGCAAAAGUUCUGCUACCGGUGUUAGGUAAAUAGACCUUCAGACGUGUGUGCUAUCUUGCUUGAUUUACAUUUUCAGUUAAUACAUGCAAAUAUAGUAUAAUCCUUUUAUCUUUUUUUUCAAUAAAAUGUAGUAAAAAUGGGUGUACUCCAGACAAAGUUGGAGAUGGUGAUUAAUCAUGAUGGAUUGAUUUGAAAACAGAUUUGACACCCCUAAUUAUUACAUUAUUUCCAUUGAGAAAAAUUUCAUCAUCCACUAGUAAUGAAUAAAAAAUGAAAACCGAGGUGCCACCUUACAUUGAAUAAUGUGAGACAUGAAAAAAAAAACCUGUGCCUUAAAAUAAUGUCUUACCUAAAUAUUUCAAUGGCGCUCCACAGAUAGAAAACGAAGAAAACCACCGGCUUAUUCUGCAUUUCUUCCAAGCUACCAAAUAUGAUGAAGAGGAUAAAAUUCCUUCCAACCACCUAUGAAAAGAGAAAUAUGUAUUAUAUUACCUAGAUACCAAAGUCUAACAUCUGUCACGCAUUUCCUACCUGUAUAAGAGUCGGGAUAAGGCCCGUCCUGACGACGCCAAAGGCAACGUUGAGCACCUCCACGGCUGCCAGGAUCUGGCAGAAGAACAUGACAUCCGAUAUGGUGUGAAAUGUGUCGUAGAAAGAAUCUGAAAUUGAAUGGAAAAAGUUGUUAUUGAGGUGAUGCCUCAAUGGAAGGACAAAACCUCACCUUGGCUGAACACGAAGAGGCGAAUAGUCAUGUUGAAAAAGAUCCAUGAAAAGCCAAGAAACUGUACCAAGUUAUACGUAAACAAAAAGCCUGUUUUCAGACUGAUGAAUCCUGAAAUAAAAAAG